GGAAGCCAGCUGCGUUUAGCCAUGACACCCCCCUGAAAUCGUGUGACCUUAACAAAACACGCUGCUAAUUACAGCAAUAAAACUGCCAUGCUGCUGGGCUGACGCAGCCCCAUGUGUGUUUGCUGUGCCUUGGGCAUCAUUUUCUCGUAAAAGUGUCUGAGAUUUAGUAGCGUGUCUUGUAAUUUUGUUUUAAAAAGCAUUAAUAUUCGGUCACAGAACCUGUGAAAUAUCAAACGACUAAACUGAAAUUAUUCCAUGAAACGCAAUAACUGCGGUAAUGGAACGCAUUACGCUUGUUUGGAAUCAGCGCUGGCUCUUCCUGACCUGUUCAGAGAAGGACUACCAGACGGUCAGUAGCGUUGGACAAUAACGCGUUACUAUAAUAUUACUUUUUUUAUUCAAAUUUCAGUAGUAAUAUUACAGUUACCUAUCGCAAAAACAGGUCGUUACCACGUUAUUUCAGUAGUGCUGUCAGUAAUUUCCCAAACCAUCAUAAUCCGUCCGCCAAAUAAUACAAAACAUCUUACGCAGCCAGAAUGAACAACGAGCCCCGGCCAAUGCCUGUUUAUAAAACAGCCGAAAAAGACCAAACUGUCAACUGAACUUCUAAUACUCAGGAACUAGCCCAACUUUUUGCUCAAAAUCAAAAUAUCUGCGCUUUUAAAAGAGCGUUUUCCUUGAUUUUCAGGGAAACAAAACCUAAAAAAAAGUUGUGUUCCCAGUCACAGAAGUCAAUGGGAAAAGACACCAUUUGUUUGGUGAACGCAAACCGUUUGCUGGAACACAACUGAUUGCACUUGCUAUCAGCUGGGCGUCCAAAGGCUUUAACGGCAUUUGGUCUCUUAAACACGAACGCGUGAAAACCAGAAAAAACCGCUACCAGUAAACCAACAGUUGUUCAAAAAGUGAAAGGCUGAUUCAAAGACCGCAAAGUGUUUGACGACGGUGGUACGUUUUAUUUUAUAUUUUGAUAUUUUAUAUAUUUUAUUUAUAAGUGUGUUCCGUAAAAUACUUGAGCCUGAAAUUAAGGGGGGGGGGGGUGUUUCUUAAUAAGCCCAAACCAAUUCCGAGGACUAGCCUAAUUGUAGCAGCUUGUUUGCGUCAGGCAGUCUGCCUGCGGGAGUUGCGGCCGCGUGGUGGAAAAGUAAGCUCGAACUUUCAGUGACGACAUCCGCCGUGGACAAAGAGAUGCGCUUUCGCAAACUGGCUGUGUUCGUUUCCUCAGAAGGACGCCGCUUCGCAAAAUUCUUACCACGCUGGAUAAGAGCGGCAGAACAAGGAUCAUGAAGUAGACGUUGCCACGUUACUCGAAACAGGCGAAUACUUACUGAAGUCUAAGUUUAAUUGUUGAGCGGCUUUACGUGUAGCCUAUGUGAGGGGAUAAUUUCUCAAAAACACGUAACAGAAGAAACAGCCAAAAUGAAAAUUUACGAACGCUCUGACGGAUUUCUUUUCAGAAGUUGAAGUUGGGUAGGGUAACACCGAAGCUAUUUGAAAUUACCCGAAUUGACUCUCGAGCCCAAACGCAGCAGAUGGGGUCAGUGACAUCCGCGUUGACGAAGACGAGGAACACCGUCAAAGUGAGCUCAGAGCCUCAACACGAACCCGACCGGAGUAAUUCGGCUCCGGGUUCGGCGCCGGGGAAAAGACGAAGUAUCCGCUCCAACGUGUUCUCCAGCCAACGGAGCAGACAGAACACGCGACAGUCUCUGUCCGAGGUUCUGAACGGCCAGGACGGUGGCGGAGUGGGGCGCGCGUUGAAGGCUGUCAGCUCCAAAUCCCCGAAUGCCGUGUGGAACGCCCUCACGGCCGGCACUGGGGGGCGGGACCGGCAGAAGGAGAAGCCUGAGAUUCCCGAGGACCCGCGGACCCCGGAGGAGGUGCUGGCGGAGGAGCCGCCCUCCGCGGACGGGCCCGAGGCACCCAUGAAAGCCGCCAUCAGACUGCGAUGUUUGGUAAAACAGCUGGACCGGGGCGAGGCUUCUCUUGUGGACCUGAAGAAAAACCUGGAGUAUGCGUCCACCGUGCUGGAGUCCGUGUACAUCGAGGAGACCCGGCGACUGGUGGACACGGAGGAUGAACUCAGUGACAUCCAGUCGGACGCGGUGCCGUCGGAGGUGCGUGAUUGGCUGGCCUCCACCUUCACGCGGCAGAUGGGGCUGAUGCUGCGGCGGACCGAGGAGAAGCCGCGCUUCAGGAGCAUCGUGCACGCCGUGCAGGCUGGGAUAUUCGUGGAGAGAAUGUACCGGCGAACCUCCAACAUGGUGGGACUGAGCUACCCCUCUUCUGUAAUAUCAGCACUGAAGCAUGUGGACACGUGGUCCUUCGAUGUGUUUGCCCUGAAUGAGUCCAGUGGCGAACAUGCCCUCAAGUUCAUAUUCUACGAGCUCCUCACCAGAUACGACCUCAUCAGCCGAUUCAAGAUCCCCAUCUCAGCUGUGGUGUCCUUCAUCGAGGCACUGGAGGUGGGCUACAGCAAGUAUAAGAACCCUUAUCACAACCUGAUGCACGCGGCGGAUGUGACCCAGACCGUACACUACCUCCUGCUGAAAACGGGGAUGGUGCACUGGUUAACAGAGCUGGAGAUUUUUGCCAUGCUUUUCGCUGCUGCUGUUCAUGAUUAUGAGCACACCGGCACGACAAACAACUUCCACAUCCAGACCAGGUCGGAUACGGCCAUCUUGUACAACGACCGGGCGGUUCUGGAGAACCAUCACGUGAGCGCGGCGUACCGCCUCAUGCAGGACGACGAGGAGAUGAACAUCCUGUCCAACCUGUCCAAGGACGACUGGAGGGAGUUGCGGACCCUGGUGGUGGAGAUGGUCUUGGCCACUGAUAUGUCCUGUCACUUCCAGCAGCUCAAAGCCAUGAAGAACUUCCUACAGCAGCCUGAGGGGCUGGACAAGCCCAAGGCCUUAUCUCUCUUACUGCACACCGCUGACAUCAGCCACCCAGCUAAGAAGUGGGAUCUACACCACCAGUGGACCACCUCCCUGCUGGAGGAGUUCUUUAGACAGGGGGAUAAAGAGGCAGAGCUGGGUCUGCCGUUCUCCCCACUUUGUGACCGCAACUCAACCAUGGUAGCGCAGUCCCAGAUAGGGUUCAUCGAUUUCAUCGUCAUCCCCACGUUCACGGUUCUGACGGACAUGACGGAGCACAUCGUCACGCCUCUCAUCGACGAGGCCUCCCAGGCUGGCCUCACAGGUGUGCGACGCUCCAGUCUGAACAGUCUCACCUCUGAGGAGGCGAAGCAUGCGAGUGAGAAAAGCAGCGGGUCCGAGGGAAGCACGUCUGUAAACUGCUCCCUCCUCUCCGUCGACCUGAAGAACUUCAAGGCUGUGUGGAACGAGGAGGUGCAGCGCAACCGGGAGCGCUGGAAGGCCCAGGCGACCGCAGACGAGAACGCCAAGCGAGAGGCAGAGCGGAAAGGGGCCGGGACUGACCAAUCAGAGCAGGCCAAACGGGAGCCUGGCUCAUCACAGCCAAUGGACGGACAGAAGGAAGGGGCGGAGGCGGAGCCUGAGGGUGGGGGCGGGGCUCAGAGCGUAAGUGAGCUGAGCCACACCCAGCCCCAGGCUGACGGACAGUCAGAGGUCGGUCCGCAGGCACAGAACGGAGAAGUGCUUGAAAAUUCGGACUCUCCUGGGAAUGAAGAGGGUGAGAAACAGAAUGCUGAUGAAAAAGAAGGGGAUUAAGAAGAUCCAGAAAUGCACUGCAAGAACUAGCCGCCACUGACACCACCACACCCCAUCACUCGCAACCCCCCCCCCCCCCCCCCUCACUUCCC